AUGUCAACAACAACGGAGAAUCAGGUGGAGCCUGGGGGAGACGUGUUGCCUAGCACAAGUCAUCCGAAUCUCUACCAGUGUGGUAAAUGCUCACAAACGUACAAACGCAUCGACCAUCUCUCUCGGCAUGUGCGGACACAUACUCAAGAGAAGCCAUAUCAAUGCCAUGUUUGUGCCAAGAAAUUCGGUCGAAUUGAUUUGCUGAGUCGGCAUUCCGCCCUCCACAAUGCCGACAACGAUAAUUCUUCAUCUUCACGGAAGCGUCGACGUGGUGCUAAUGACCGAAGUAUACCGGCCCGGACUUCGCAAGCAUGUGCUGCUUGUGCGGGGAAUCAUUUGAGAUGUGAUGAGACUAAGCCUUGCGGCCGAUGUCAGCGCCGAAAUAUCGUGUGUACAGUGGCUUCGGUGACCAAUGAAGGCUCCGAAUCUUCUCCACAAUUACAACAGAAUCAGAACUUUGUUCCUGAUACUUCUCCGAGUCGAGAUGAUGGUUCGUCACAUCUACAAGUCGAACCAGAAGACUCCCAUUGGCUGGCAGAGCAGCCAAGCCAGUCUGAACAAGUACCUGACAGCUUCGCUUCAGUAUCUGCUGAACCUACAUUAUUCACUGUGCCACCAGAACAAAUCAAUUCGCUAGCACCAGAAGCGCACUAUCGUCAUGACUCCUUUUUGAAUACUCUUAACUCAAACUGCCCUAGUGGCAUCAGGACACCUCGUAACUUGAUUGCGUUUGGCCUUGAAACUGAUCUUGAUUUGAGCAUUGUGGAUUUGAGCUUUCUUGAGUCGUACAAUUCCCGCAACCCAUUCGAAUUUGGAGAACUCCCACCAGAGCCCUUACCGCUGCCGAGUGUGACUACACCCGACGUCAAUAUAGCGAAAGAUGACAGACCAACCACCGACUCGGCAUCCUUGGGAAAGUUGAUGUGGCGAUUUAUUCCGGCGCCCCAGGACCAUGGCUUAGCUGAGCACGAUAACCUGCUAUUGCCAGAUCAGCCCGAGUCGAGCCCAACACCCCAGAGUCUAGUCGAAGUCGAGCAUAGAACGACCGCCGAGAAGCUAGACUUGUCCUCACGAGACAAGAUACUAGGUAUCUUUCUCCGCCAGAUGAAGCAGCCCAAUAUUUCUCACCCUUUGUCAUUUCCAUCAAUCGAAUUAUUGGAUAGUUUUAUCCAGUACUAUCUCACUGCACCAUUUUCAAACGCCCGGUCAUGGCUUCAUCUACCAACAGUUAAUUUCAAAAAAACUCGGCCCGAGUUGUUGCUCGGACUGGCUGCGGCCGGAGCUGUUAUUGCGCCAGAUCUUUCAUUACGCAAGCUUGGCUACGCCAUGCAUGAAGUGAUGCGGAUACAGCUGACCGCCGCUGUAGAGGAGGAUAAUACUGCUGCCCGAAACCUCGAGAUGCAUCAAGCAUUUUUUUUGUAUCUAGAUAUUGGAGUAUGGAGCGGAAAUAGCCGGAAGAUAGAGAUCGCUGAAAGCAUCCAAAAGCUCCUGAUCACAAUGAUGCGACGUGGAGGAUGGUUCCAUCAGUCCUCUUUUCCUUUUAUUCCCUUACAGGGUAAGCAAGCAGGCCACUCCCUCGAAGAAGUGUGGAGGACCUGGGUGAGACAGGAAAGCUUCAAGCGACUCGCUAUUCAGCUUUUCCGACAUGAUGCACAGACGUCACUGGCCAUAUUAAGCCCCCCGCUGAUAUCGUAUGCUGAGUUCGCUAUUCCACUUCCGGUAACUUCGGCUCUUUGGAAUGCAAGCUCGGCAUUCGAGUGGCACGACUUGUACUGCAAAGAACUGGCUUCAAUGAACUCCAUGCAUGUGCCUACAGUGAUUGAAUGUGUCGCAAACUUGGACCUUCUCGACUUGACCCAAAGAUUCACCGACCUUAAGAUGUCAUGCGAGACGGUAAUACUUGCCAUUUGGGGCAUUGUUAGAGAGUAUCGUCAAUUUGACCAGUUACUCAAGUAUAAGCCACGCUACUGGGAUAAUGGGCUAAUCUUAACAUCCCGAUAUCAGGAGCUGACUAGGAUUCUUGAUUACUAUCGAAUCGCAUACGAACAUGAGAGCACACUCAGUCUGCAUGUCAUCUUGUUGAAUAUGCACGUCUCAUUGGAAGAUGUCCAAUUCUUGACUACAGAGAAACAUCAAACUUACCAUCCAGCACGAGCAUCCCUCUAUGAAUGGGCGAAUCGGAAAGAGUCUCGACAGGCCCUGUGGCAUGCAGGCCAAAUAAUCAAACACAUCAAAUUGCUUCCAUCACACGAUCUUCGAGAUUUUGCUGCUGUUUCACUCUAUCAUGCUGGACUGACUUUGUGGGCGUAUGGGACCUUCAGAGGAGGACAGAAUGUUCAUCAAUCACGGAUGCUUUCCUCAGCACCCAAUCUAGAAAUUCAACAAUCAACUGCUAUUGCUCCCCUUCCACCCUAUACUCAAGAGCCAUUGGAUCCUGAUCGCAUCAAGGUAUAUCUGGACGGAGUACAAUCUGACGAUGUAAAUCGAUAUAUUGCUCUUGAGAGAGGGACCCCAGUGUUACAGGGGAUUGAAGAUGAUCCUACGCCGGUGCAUAUAUACCAUCCACAGGCGGUAUUGGAUCUCAUGAUCAAAAUGAUGGAACAGAAUUAUCGGUGGAAGGCUUCACAACAACCGCAUUUGGUGGCGAAUUUGAUACAUUUGAUUGAGAAACAGCGUGAUGAGCUGUGA